UUGUUUCGUUCGCGCUUUUUUAGUUUUUUGUUCGCAACGCGAAACUUUUGGGUGCCAGCGAAAAUAAAAAUUUAAAUCGAUUAAAACCAUUUUAAUCAUCAUCACAAACAACGAUGAAGGCCGAAGUAGCAAGAGACAAACUCCUCUCGAACUUCGAGGUCCUGCAACACAUCAACGACAUCAAGCGUCGGCAGAAACAGUCCUCUGCUUCCCGGCACCGCUCAGCUCUCAAGACCGAGAACCUCGAGACAAUCCUCCUCGAACUACAUACCUAUCUCGGCGAAAAAGCGCACUCCGCAGCAGCAAAGCAGAACCCGGCAGAUAUCAAGACCUUCAUGCAAGAGAUCUCAGUCUACGACCUCGAAAAGGCAGAGAAACUGCAGAUUAUCAACAUCGCUCCUACAUCUCUUGUAACUCUCUACUGUCUGAUUGAAGAGUAUGAGCAGCGGUUUACGGAGGAGCAGGGAAAUCACAUGCUCGAACUGAUCCAAAAGUACCUGCAUCCAGCACCACCUCCACCUACUGCGGGCGCUUGAUCUGUAAAGACAAUCUCUCAGACGAUGUACAACAUUCUCUCUUAGUUUACGUUGGGGUUCAUUUAAUGGCGUUCAGGGUUUUUUGA